CAAUAUCAUGGAGUAAAGGGGCUCAUGGGCGGCUCGGGGACUUUUCUACGGUGUCAGCUGCGCGGCUCGCAGUAGCCAGCUUCAUCAUGAAUCGGUAGCGAGCCGAAGCAUACAGCAUGUCCCUGACAAUACGAGCAGACCCGUCCUGUAUAAGAGUGUACAUGUCCGCAGUCCAUAAUUGCUUCUUCAUCCACUCAUCAACCAUUCGAGCUUCUCUGUCUUUGUCUAUUCUUCCGUUGCUUCGGCGUCUUUACAUUCUUUCAAGAGUCUGGUCACUCACUUCUUAACUUCAAUACACCUUUACUUUAUUAUACCAAUCAACCCAAUAAACCGCUCUUCAAUUCUCUCAAAAUGAAGUCCUUCGUCGCAUUCUCCCUCUUCGCCCUUUCCCUGGCCAGCCCCUUGCGCAUGCGCCAGAACAACCUCCAAAGCUUCAACGGCGCACUCGGCGGCAUCGAAGCCACUCCAGUCGAGGACUCCGGAAACCCAGACCGUCCUUUCCAAGUCAAGGGUGACACCUUCGUCAAUCUGAGCGCUGCGCUGCAAAGGAGCUGCGACCAGCAGUUCAAUGCCUGCGCUAAUGCUGCUAAUGGUGGCGACGCAACAUUGAGCGUUUCCGCAUGCUCUACACAGAAAGAUCAAUGCUCUGCUUCUGGUAGCAACAACAACGCCAAUGCCGGAAAUGCCAACACUGGAAAUGCCAACACUGGAAAUGCCAACACGGGCAACCAGAACCAAAACCAAAACCAGAACCAGAACCAGAACCAGAACCAAAACCAAAAUCAGAACCAGAACCAGAACGGCAAUGGAAACGGAAACGGAAACGGAAACGGAACAGGCAAAGGCAAGGCGUGCAAGGCCAAGAAGGCAAAGAGGACCCUAUAGAUAUCCAGCGUCUCCCUUGAAGCUGAAAAGCUCACUGCCAGCUAGUAUGGCAAAGGCCGAGGCAUCUGGAUGAUUGAAGGUUGGACUAAGGCUUCCCUUAACUGG